CAAGAUGGCGGCGGUAGUGCCGAGACGGAGCAGCCGCUCGGCAUAAGCAGUUUUUAUAGGAAUUAGCCGAAAUAUAUUAUCCAAGGCUGCGUAAAUAAUACUCUAAUCUGUAGUCCAGCGCAAGCUAACGCCGCAGAGAGCAGCUAGAAUGGGCGAAAGGCUGGAGCUGAAGCUGAAGUCGCCGGUCGGAGCCGAAGCUGCGGGCUAUCCGUGGCCGCUGCCAGUAUACGACAAACAUCACGAUGCUGCACAUGAAAUCAUUGAAACCAUUCGCUGGGUGUGUGAGGAGAUCCCAGACCUUAAGCUGGCUAUGGAGAAUUAUGUACUCAUUGACUAUGACACCAAGAGUUUUGAGAGUAUGCAGAGACUAUGUGACAAGUACAACAGAGCCAUCGACAGCAUUCACCAACUGUGGAAAGGGACCACCCAGCCCAUGAAGCUGAACAAGAGGCCUUCCAACGGUCUGCUGCGCCACAUCCUGCAGCAGGUCUACAACCACUCUGUCACCGACCCGGAGAAGCUGAACAACUACGAGCCCUUCUCGCCCGAGGUGUACGGAGAGACCUCCUUCGACCUGGUGGCUCAGAUCAUAGACGAGAUCGAGAUGAUGGAGGACGACACCUUCGUGGACCUGGGCAGCGGUGUCGGCCAGGUGGUCCUGCAAGUUGCCGCGGCCACUAACUGCAAGCACUACUACGGUGUAGAGAAGGCAGAGAUUCCAGCCACGUACGCAGAGGCGAUGGACAGAGAGUUUAAGAGGUGGAUGAAGUGGUAUGGGAAAAAGCAUGGGGAAUACACGCUAGAGAGAGGAGAUUUUCUUUCAGAAGACUGGAGAGAAAGAAUAGCCAACACAAGUGUUAUUUUUGUGAAUAAUUUUGCCUUUGGUCCAGAGGUAGAUCACCAGCUGAAGGAGCGAUUUGCCAAUAUGAAGGAAGGUGGAAAAAUAGUAUCCUCAAAACCUUUUGCACCUCUCAAUUUUAGAAUAAACAGUCGAAACUUGAGUGAUAUUGGCACAAUAAUGCGUGUUGUUGAACUGUCUCCACUGAGAGGCUCAGUGUCAUGGACAGGGAAGCCAGUUUCCUACUAUCUGCAUACAAUAGACCGCACCAUACUUGAAAACUAUUUUUCUAGUCUCAAAAAUCCUAAACUCAGGGAGGAGCAAGAAGCUGCGAGACGGCGUCAGCAGAAAGACACCAAGGACAGCAAGAGCACCACCACGACCCCAACCAAGCCCAAGGAGAGUAAGGACUCCGGUGGCGAGGAGGAGAACUCGGCCCCUGUGGUCCCUGUGAAGCCAUCUCCUAAACCCCGCCGGACCAAGCUACUGGCCAAAGGGCGCAAGUUGGGCAGCAGGAAGCGCGGCCGGCCUAAGAAAGCCGCCGCAGCGGCCGCCACCGUCGUGGCGGUGGCCGAGCGCAAGACCAAGAAGACCCAGAGCGCUCUGGAUCUGCUGCACACCAAGACCGUGUCAGCAGCCCCUCCUCAGGAUGCAUACAGGUCACCUCAGAGCCCCUUCUACCAGCUACCUCCCAAAGUGCAACAUUACACGGCAGGCCAGCUAUUGCUGUGCGCAGCGCCGCCGGGACUGCAGACGCUGCUGGAUCGUAUCAAAGUCCAGUACUUGCAGUUCAUGGCCUAUACGAAGACGCCACAGUACCGCACAAACCUGCAGCAAGCUCUGGAGCAGGAGAGGCUCAGACACACUGAACUGUCAGGUCAAGCCCAGCAGCUGAUGAGCGCCUGCCAUGCCCACAAAGAGAGGAUCAAAGACCUUUUCCAGUCCAAGUUGGAGGAACUGGGUGUGAAGGCGGUGACGGUGGAGGACCUGGUGCAGGCUCAGAAAGAGAUCACGGCCCACAACAUGCAGCUGCGGGAGCAGACCAAGCAGCUGGAGAGAGACAUGGCUGAGCUAAAGGACCAGAGCCUGCUGUUGCUAAAGGCGCGCUGCGAGGAGCUGAAGCUGGACUGGGGCUCUCUGUGCCUGGAGACCCUGCUGAAGGAGAAGGCUGCGCUGCGAAGACAGAUCUCAGAGAAACAGCGCCACUGCCUGGAGCUGCAGAUCAGCAUCGUGGAGCUGGAGAAGAGCCAGAGGCAGCAGGAACUGCUGCAGCUCAAAUCAUCCUACGGCCCGUGUGAAGAUUCCCCCUAUCGUAAGAGCCUUCCCAGCCUGGAGCCCCGCCCCCCUCUAGACAUCGACACCCCCAAGUUGGCCGGCUUCAAUGGCCUCAGCCCUGAGCUGUCCAUCAACGGCAUCGCCUCCCCGGGUUACGAGCGAGGCGGCGGGGGGAACGGCAAGAAUGAGCUCCUGUCCCGCUACCUGCCCAUCUCCCCCGAGCACGAGAUCGUGCCCCCCACCCCGGACUCGCGGAGCAGGCAGCCGGGCCAGCCGCUGCCCGACUACACUCGCUUUUCCCCAGCCAAGAUCGCCUUGCGUAGGCACCUGAACCAGGACCCGGGCCAGUUCAGGGCGCUCAGCACCCUCCACAGGGGUGAUGUUGGCACAGUGUCCUCGCCUACCCUCAGCCUGAAACAGGGCUGCCUUUCGCCAAGCCCAGCUGAGAAUCUGCAAACAGCUACACUCAAAGUGAAGGAUAAGAGCCCAGCUGGUCCAGGUGACAUCACCAGUCUCCCAAUCAGCAUCCCCCUCAGCACUGUGCACCCCAGCAAACUUCCCGUCAGCAUUCCACUAGCCAGUGUGGUGCUGCCCAGCCGCGCCGAGAGACUGAGGAGCACUCCUAGUCCUGUAUCAGGCAGGGAGCCGUCGGCGGGGCAGAGCAACAGCAAGCAGCCUCUGACUCCUAACUCAGGGUACUCUUCCAGCUCAGGGCUGGUGAACGGCUCCCACUCCGGCAUGAUGGUGGGCGAUCAGGACGGUGGCGCGUGCUCACCUCUCCCCCACGCCGCCCUGCCUCCGGGCCUCCAGCCCCGGGGGCCUGGCCUCAGCCCUCCUCUGGGCACAGGGGGCGUCCUGCAGUACGCAGACCGGCCGCCUCGCCUUCCGCCUGAGGAGGGCCCCGACCGCCUGGCCCUCGAGUCGGACACGGAGCCCCUCGACAGCGAGGCGCGCCGCCGCAUCUUCUUCUCCUCCUCUUCAUCUUCCUCCUCCUCCUCCUCGUCCGCCGGAGGACCGCGGCUUCACCACGUGUCGGCCAAGCACGGGCAGCAACACCAUAGUGGCCACCACCACCACCACCACCCUCACCACCACCACCACCCUCACCACCACCACCACUCACCAGGCUCCCACGGCCACGAGGGUCGUAAGAGGGGCCGGCGCAAACGCAGCUCCUCCUCCGGCCUCCUGCCAGCCAGCAGUUCCCCAAAAAGGAGGUCCUUCCCUGGGCUGGGCUGCUCCAGCCACUCCUCUGGCUCGCCGCUCAACAUCAACACCAUGGUGAACAACAUCAACCAGCCACUGGAGAUCUCGGCCAUCUCGUCCCCGGAGCAGUCGGGCCGCAGCCCGUGCGAGGCCGACCUGGACCAGCCACCGGUCCUGAAGCGGGAGCGCCCCCUGGAGCUCAACGGCUCUGGCCGCUACUCAUCCACCCCCAGCUCGGAGGACGAGGAUGCCGGAUACCCGGCAGACAGCAGCUCAUCGCGAAUUGAAAGGAAAAUCGCUACGAUUUCCCUCGAAAGCAGAGAUGGUGAAAGGGGCUCGCAGGGCCGCAGGUCAGGGGCGAGUAGCGUGAGCAGCGAGGUCUCCUCCUCCUCUAGCAAAUGGAAGUCCACCUUCUCUCCCAUUUCCGACCCCAAGCCCGCGCCUCCUGACCUCCGCCAGGGCGGCUCCCCCUUUGGCGUGGGCAUGGCCCGCUGCCCCGGAGGGGGCGGCGACUCGGACUCGGACCAGAAGCAGCAGAGGAGGGCUGAGCGGGAGCGGGGCGAGUCGUACGGGAAUGCCAAGCCGUUCCAGGGGGCAGAGGCGGGCGGCCGUGCCGCAGCAGUGUCGGAGCGCGUGCAGCCGAAGCAGAAGCCACGCGACUGGGAGCUGAAGACCGUGAGCGGACUGGCCAGCCAGAACCUCUUCAUCUCCGCAGCGACCAGCGGUGGCAUGCUGAGUGGCAAAGUGGGUGGGGCCACUGCUGUAUCUUCCGCCUCCUCUGUGGGACAGUACUUCCCUCUGGGUGGAGCCUCAGUCUUACAGUCUUUAUUUGGGGCUCAAGCUCCCAGCCCAGCGACCAGUGGAGCUCCACGAUUGGUCAACGGCCACUCAGCACUGGGCAGCUUUUCCAGCGCUGGACUUGCAGGGGGCGCUGCAGGAGGGAUUUUUCACCACAUGGUGCCUUCGGUGUCCUCUCAGCAGUCUGGGGCCAACCUGCCAGGCCCUGGGGCCCUUGGCUCCCUGCUCAGCCUCUCCUCCCAGCAGAGGCACCUGGACACCAAAGCGGGGGCCUCAUUCCUCACCUCUGCCUCCUCUGUCUUCCCACCCCCCCAGCAGGCUCAGCAUGGGCGUACGCAGACCGUUCUGCACACCCCCCCCCCGCCCAUGCUUUCGCUGCCUCCUCCCCCCCCCCUCCUCCUCAAUGUCUCCUCCUCUGGCCCCUCCUCCUGCCCCGCCCCCGCCCAGCCCUCCCCGCCGCGUUCGGAGCGACAGCCUUCCGCCUCCCACCAGGCGCUGCGCGUCGGCUCCUCCUCGGCAAACCCCCCCGCUUCUGCAGCUUGUGCCAUGCCCACUGCCACGGUCCCCUCCCUUUCCUCCUCUUCGUCCCGCCCCUUUACCGUCCACUACCCACCUCACCUGCCCUCGUCCUCCGCCCCCUGCACCAGCAGCAGCAGUGUGGGCGCCGGCGCCACGGCCUCCUGGAGGACGGUGGGCAUGCAGGCGCCCUACGCCGCCUCGCAGGUCCCCAGUGGCCGCCCCAGAUAG